CUUGGUUCACAUUUGGUUCAACCUGUUUGAAGCUAAACGAGAGAACGGGGCGGUGUGUCACACGUGAAGAGGCGAUUUUUCCAAUUUUCGACGAAAAUGGCAAUGCACAUACCGAAGGCGCCCGGCGUGGCACAGAUGCUUAAGGACGGGGCUCGCCAUUUUUCGGGUCUCGAAGAAGCGGUCUACAGGAACAUUACGGCCUGCAAGCAAUUUGCGAAUACCGUGAAGAGCGCGUACGGUCCUAAUGGCAUGAAUAAGAUGGUCAUCAAUCACAUUGAGAAAUUGUUCGUGACUAAUGACGCGGCGACAAUCGUCAACGAGUUAGAGGUGGAACAUCCAGCUGCCAAAUUGUUGGUCUUGGCGUCAAAGAUGCAGGAAGCUGAAGCUGGAGACGGGACGAACUUCGUUAUUAUCUUUGCUGGUGAAUUGCUUCAUGCCACGGAAGAACUGCUGCGUAAGUACAACAUGACAACUUCACAAAUCAUCGAGGGUUACGAGACUGUCCUGAGCAAAGCACUUGAAAUCUUACCGACCUUAAUCGUUCACGAGGUGACGGAUGUGCGAGACGAGGAACAGGUGAAAAAGGGAAUUAGGAGCACCAUCAUGAGCAAGCAGUAUGGAAACGAGGACAUGCUCGCUUCCCUCGUCACUGGGGCCUGCAUCUCCAUUUUGCCGGAGAAGACGACGUUCAAUGUGGAUAACGUGCGAGUUUGCAAGAUACUCGGGGGUGGCUUGAGCAACUCCCAGGUGAUGCAAGGCAUGGUAUUUAAGCGCCACGUGGAGGGAGACGUCACGAAGAAGACCAGUGCGAAGAUUGCGGUUUACACUUGCGCCGUUGACGUCAUUCAGACAGAGACCAAAGGCACCGUACUGAUCAAGACAGCCGACGAACUCUUGAAGUUCUCGCGCGGCGAGGAAUCGCUUUUGGAGGAUCAAAUCAAAGCGAUCGCCAAUAGCGGCGCCGAGGUGGUGGUGUCCGGUGGAAAAUUCGGCAACAUGGCUCUGCAUUAUAUGAACAAAUACAACCUGAUGGCUGUUCGUAUUCCGAGCAAGUUCGACAUCAGGCGACUUUGCAAGACCGUCGGUGCCACCGCGCUCUCUAAGCUGGUGCCUCCGACGAAAGAAGAGCUAGGCUACGCCGACACAGUAUACAUAGACGAAUUGGGCGACACCCUAGUGGUAGUGUUCAAGCUGGAGGGAAGGGAAAGCCGCGUCAGCACUGUGCUUGUGCGCGGCUCGACCGAGAACUAUAUGGAUGACAUCGAGCGCGCGAUUGACGAUGGUGUUAACACUUUCAAAGGUAUCACGAGAGACGGCAGAUUUGUCCCGGGUGCGGGCGCCACAGAGAUCGAACUCGCCGCGCAGCUACGGGCGUACGCAAAGACGCUACCUGGGCUCGAGCAGUAUGCCGCUGAACAAUUUGUCACCGCUCUGGAGAUAUUCCCAAGAACUCUGGCCGAGAGCAGCGGUGUCAACGUUUCCGAGCUUGUGUCGAAGCUGUACGCAGCGCACAAGGAAGGCAAGACAAACUAUGGUGUUGAUAUCGACGCUGGAAGCGCAGCUUUAAUUGAUACCGUCGAAGCGGGGAUCUUAGAUCUGUAUCUGACGAAACAAUGGGCUCUCAAGUACGCGGUCGGUGCGGCGUGCACGGUUCUUAAAGUGGAUCAAAUCAUUAUGGCAAAACGGGCGGGCGGCCCGAAAGUUCCAUCGGGAGGCGUUCGUGACGAAGACGAGUAAUAGUGCAUGAAUUGGUGGCACAAUGGCAAACUUUUAUGUCUAAAACGUUAUUUGUGUUUCUGAGGUUUUUUUUAGGGGCGCUAUUGGAAUAGAAGUAAAUAUCAUGUAUGUGCUUAAUUCCACAUUAGAAAGAAAGAAAACAAUGUACUUUCUAUUGUGCGCUUUUCCAUCUCCGAAAGUCCGCAAGAAUCUUUUCAUUUUAUAUUUUCAUCCAACGUGCUGAAUUUCAAAUUGCACGAAUUUAAAAUUCAGCAGAUACAUUGGAUGAAUAUCAAAUCAAAUACUAAAUAAAUCUGUUAAAUAUACUGUGA